UUUUUUUUGAAAAAAAUAAUUUCAAUUCAUUAUGGCGAUGACAUUACCUACAGAAUGUUGGCAAGAAAUAUUAAAAAAUGUACCAAUUGAAGAUAAGAAAACAUUAAAGUCGUGUUUAAUGGUGAAUAGAUCAAUGUGUAAGAUAAUUAUUCCAAUAUUAUGGAGUAAUCCUUUCCGUUACUUACAAAGUUCACCACAUGACCAACCAAUGCCAAGUAGGAUUAACGAACAAGAAGAAAUAAUUAAAAUGAAAAUCAACCAAAAGAAAUUAAUUAAUGUAUACAUUUCUUGCAUGGAUUAUAAAUCUAUUGAUAUUCUUAAUAAUAAUAAAAUUGAGAUCAUUAACAUGGACAAGUCAAUAAUGUUCGAUUAUCCAAGCAUGUUACGUGAGUUACAAUAUAAUAUUAUUUGUGAAUCAAGUUCAUCUUGGCUUUAUCAAGAAUUACAAUUAAUUAAAGAAUUUAAGGUUACGACAGAAGAUCUUGAACAUAAUAGUAAGACAAGAGAAUUUAAAAAAUUAUUACUUACAAGAGAAUUAUGCAAGAUGUUUAUGAAAUCAAGUACUUUAAUAAUGAAUCUUACAUUAUCAUAUUACGUACCAUUUGUUGAUAUGUCAUUUACCCCAAAAGAUUUUUUUUUAAUUAAUAAACUUCCCGGAGCGGAAAAAUCCUUAAAAAAUUUAAAAAAAUUCAAAUGUAGUUUAUUAAUAGAUCAAUGGAAAGAAAUUACAAAAGAUUUAACAAAAAUUUGUGGAACUAAUGGAAGUUUAGAAAUUUUAGAAUUAAAAUGUAUAGGAGAACCAAGUGUAGAAUGGAUUGAUGAUAAAAGUUUUAUUAAUAUAUGUGAAUUAAUAAAACGACAAAAAUCUCUUAAACAUAUUAAAUUAAAUUGCUGUGGAAAAUAUUGUAAUAUUUCCAAAGCAAUAUCAUCAUUAUCAUCACAAAUUGAUAAUAUAAAAUCAUUAGAAUUUGUUCAUUUGAAAUUCAAUUCAAAUAAUGAUAAUUUUCCACUUAAUUUUAUAUCAAAAUGUAAAAAAUUGAAUACUUUAAUAUUUAAAGAUUGUGAUGAAUUAUUAGAUUAUAAUAUAUUCACAAUAAAAGAUACACCAUGGUUUAAUCAUUUAACAAAAUUAGUAUUUGAAGAUACAAGUAUUUCACCAUUUAAUAUAACAAAAAUAAUUUCUUUUUGUAAUAAAUUAAAAGAAUUAUCUUGUGAUUUAGGGGAAGAAAUUGAAUUUUUACCAGAAUUUGCUUUAUCAUUACCUAUAUCAUUAAAACAUCUAACAAUUGAUGCAGUAGAGAUUAAUAUAAAUAUUUUACAACAAUUUUUAGAAAAUAUUAAAGCAACUUUAGAAACUUUAAAUUUUCCUGCUUGGAUAUGUAGAAGUUUUACUGACCAACAUUUAUAUAUUAUAUGUGAUAAAUUAAAAAAUUCACUUAAAAGAUUAGAUUUAGAUUUAAUGUCACCAGAGAAUCAACAACAUAAUGUUUCUUUUGAAUCUAUUGAAUAUGCAAGAAAAGAAAUUGAAGUAGUUAAUAUUGAAAGUUAUUUUAGAUAUGAUUCAUGGUGAAUAUAGUGAAUACGGUAUAAUAUGUUUCUUUGAAAUAUUGAGUAACGUUAGUUUACUUUUUUAGAUUAUAGUUUAUUAUAGUUUACGCUUAUGUGAGAUUAUUAUUAAGUUUAAUUUAGAUAAUUAUAGUCUUU